UCCCACAAGUCGUGUGGGAAGCUCAAUGCAGCUGUAAAGCAGCAUACCAAUGACACAGGCAGGUAUCUUCCCACUUAUCCGGAUCCCUGAUGACUGUUUUAUCAGUAGUCUAUUUGAACGUAGUUUCUUGAUUUGGUGGAAUAUUGCCCGCAUCUGACUAAACUGAAUGAUACAUUUUUCGCGACAGUCGCUGUUCUGCUUUUUUUCCUGAAUAUCAGUGUGUUUCUUCCCCUCAUUUUCUUUGCCUUGGUGUAAAGACUGGCUGAACCUCAGACAUCACUGGUAGGUAGCCCUGUGAACUACAUGAUUCGAAAAGAGACGAGAUGUAAUAUUUUUUGAGGUGAGUAAACCCGCGCAUGAUAUAUUUCGGUUUAUCGAGUGGGUAGCCUAUUGCUGUUUUGUUUUUGCCUGAACUAAUCAAUCCAACUUCAGCGAGCAUCUCUAUGGACUGGGGGUGUUGGAGCAGCACAAUUCGUUUCCUUCUCCUCUCUCAUUAACUGGAGAGCAUGCUGAAGUUGCUUUGCAGUCACUUCAGCUGUUUGCCUUCAGUCCCUUCUGUCUGAACGCAGAGGUGGGCACCUUGUCUUUAGUUCAUUCCGCACUGAAAUGCUUCAUGGAUAUACAGCAACACUGGGGACCAUACGAGAGAAAUCAUGUUUUAAACAAGUGGAGUCUGUCAAGAAGAGAUGCAUAGGCUGAAAUCUGAGCCCACUGCGAUUCUGACGUCUGAAUGGGAGCAAUGUCUGUCUAUCAAGAAACCACAUUUACAAACGCUUAAGGUUACUAAAUGGUUUUCUGGGGGAUUUAUAAAAGGCAAAAUGCUGCUUCUUGUUCUUUUGGCCUUUUCCGUAUCGAAUACGUUUUCUGACUUGGAUUCUGACCUCUCAGCGGAGACUUGCAGCGCCUGUUCUUGCAUGUCCAUCGAGAACGUCCUCUAUGUGAACUGUGAGAAAAUAACUGUGUACAGACCUACUCAGCUGCUGCCCCCGGUCUCUAGCCUCUAUCAUUUGAAUUUCCAAAAUAACCUAUUGAUCAUCCUUUACCCCAAUUCCUUUCUCAAUUUCACACACGCAGUCUCUCUUCAACUGGGAAACAACAAAUUACAGAACAUCGAGGGAGGGGCCUUUUAUGGCCUUAGUUCAUUGAAACAGCUGCACUUAAAUAACAAUGAAUUAAAAGUGCUCCGAGCUGACACUUUCUAUGGGAUCGAAAACUUGGAAUACCUCCAGGCUGACUACAAUUUGAUCAAGUAUAUUGAAAAAGGAUCAUUCAACAAAUUGCAUAGGCUGAAAGUUCUCAUCCUAAAUGACAAUCUCGUCCAGAUCCUUCCUGAUAAUAUUUUUCGCUUUGCCUCCCUUACACAUUUGGAUAUAAGAGGAAACAGGAUUCAGAAGCUACCAUAUCUUGGAGUUUUGGAACACAUUGGACGUAUAGUGGAAUUGCAGCUCGAUGACAACCCAUGGAAUUGCACUUGUGAUUUGUUACCCUUGAAAGCUUGGUUGGAGAACAUGCCCUAUAACAUUUUUAUUGGGGAGGCUAUAUGUGAAACCCCUAGUGACCUGUAUGGACGCCUGUUGAAAGAAACAAAUAAACAGGAACUGUGUCCCAUGGGAACAGGUAGUGACUUUGACGUAAGGAUGCCCCCUUCACAGCCAGAUAAUGGCCAAACAACAACCGACACUGCACCCACUACGAUACCCCCCAUAACAACAAACCCAUCUAAAAUGUAUGGUAACGGGAUUGUUGGUUUACCUGGUUUGAAUAAACAUAUUCCAAUUAUGUCCUAUCAAACAAGAACCCCACCUCUCUCCUGCCCACAGCCUUGCACGUGCAAAGCUCAUCCCUCAGACUUUGGCAUUGGUGUGAGUUGCCAAGAGAGAAGUAUACACAAUCUAGCAGAUCUCAUUCCCAAACCACCAAAUGCCAAGAAGCUACACCUGAGUGGUAAUUAUAUACAAGAUAUCAGUCCAGUUGAUUUCCAAGGCUUUGAGGGUUUAGAUUUAUUACAUCUGGGCAGCAAUCAAAUAGUCACAGUUCAAAAAGGUGUCUUUGCAAAUCUGACCAACCUCCGUAGGCUUUAUCUCAAUGGAAACCAACUAGAGCAGCUGCAUCCUGAGAUGUUCCUUGGGCUCAGUAACCUCCAAUACUUGUACUUGGAAUACAAUGCCAUAAAAGAGGUGUUAGCAGAGACCUUUGACUCCAUGCCAAAUCUGCAGUUGUUGUAUCUGAACAAUAAUGUGCUAAGGAGCCUCCCUGCCUAUAUCUUUGCUAGCGUUUCCUUGGCUAGGCUAAAUCUUAAGAACAACCAUUUCAUGACUCUGCCUGUGAGUGGCGUCCUAGACCAGCUGAGGUCUCUCACUCAGAUUGAUCUGGAAGGCAAUCCAUGGGAAUGCUCCUGUGAUUUAGUGGCUCUGAAACUUUGGCUGGAGAAGCUGAAUGAUGGAGUGGCUGCGAAGGAGAUCAAAUGCGCAUCCCCAGUGCAGUUUUCCAAUAUAGAGUUAAGGCUGCUGAAAAAUGAGAUCCUAUGCCCCAAACUCAUACCUAGGUCCCCUUUCAUCCUGACCAGUGCUAUUCCGGUGGUGAACUCCUUGUCCCCAGCAGGGGUGGGCAAAGCCCCUCCGGGAGGUCCAGUUCCCCUAUCCAUCAUGAUCCUCAGUAUCCUGGUGGUGCUCAUCCUCACAGUAUUUGUUGCUUUCUGCCUCUUGGUGUUUGUGCUUAGGCGCAAUAAAAAGCCACCCGGACGCCAGGAGGGCAUGGGGAAUCAGGAGUGUGGCUCCAUGCAACUCACGCUCAGAAGACACAACAAAUCUAGCAAGAAAGAUGACCUGGGAGGGGAGACGUUCAUCCCCCAAACUAUCGAGCAUAUGAGCAAGAGCCACACCUGUUCGAUUAGAGACUCUGAGUCAGGCUUUAGAUUUGCUGACUCCCAGAGACAGAAAAUAAUAAUGCGCAACAGCACUGACCAAGACAAGGACUCACUGUCCCCCCUGGACCCCCGAAAUAAGAGACUGAGCACCAUUGAUGAGCUGGAUGAGUUCCUGCCGAGAGAAUCCAACAUGUUUAUUCAAAACUUUUUAGACAGUAAAAGGCUGGAUUUCAACAGUAUAGGGGUGAGUGGGUUUGAGAUCCGUUACCCAGAGAAACCACAUGACAAAAAUAUGAAAAAGUCACUAAUAGGGGGAAACCAUAGUAAGAUAGUAGUGGAGCAAAGGAAAAACGAGUAUUAUGAACUUAAAGCAAAACUUCAAGGUACACCUGACUACCUUCAAGUUCUGGAGGAACAGACUCAAAUGAGUAAAAUGUAGGCUAUGUAUCCACUCAACCCCCCCCCCCUCCCCCAAUUACAAAAGUGCCUUGUGGAAAACCUUAAUGACCAAUGGAUAAACUGGACAGCUGGCGCCAGUCAGAUAACCAGAUUUCUUGGGAAUCAGUGGCUCUCUUGCAAAUACAGACUUUUCCCCUGAUGCCAUUAUAACAUGUAUGAAUAACACAUCAUACCACAAGACAUCCUUAAGAGACAAUUGUAGUAUUUUGCUGCUUCUGAAAUUGGUACUUUUUUUCAACCAAAUCAUUGAGUCACGGAAACAAUGUUGAGUGUUACUCAUAUUGAUCCUUCCACAGUGUUUUUGUGGAAAUAUCGAAUCAGUAUUUUGGAUGAAAUAACUAUCAGAAAUUGUGACUUUGCAGUUCUCCUGGGAAUAUAACGUUGUUGGGAUCCCCCAUUUACAGACACUUACGAUCUGCCUGGAUUAUAACUGAUCACUGCUGGUCGCUGCUGUGGGCCCUGAUGCCUUGUUU